AUGAUAACCCCAAAGACAAUAACGACGGCAGGGGAGGAACCCGCCACGCCUUCACCUUCAGCUCCACAAGUCAAUUCUAUUCUCCAAUGGUGGCGUAGAUGGACGGUUUUGGUGGCGGCUAUCUGGAUUCAAGCCUUCACCGGUACUAACUUCGAUUUCUCUGCCUACUCUUCCGACAUGAAGUCUUCCAUGGGGGUUUCUCAAUCACGCCUUAACUACAUGGCGGUUGCUUCUGAUUUAGGUAAAGCAUUGGGCUGGUCUUCUGGUUUCGCCAUUGCCUAUUUCCCUGUCUCCGUCGUGCUGUUCGCUGCAGCUGCCAUGGGACUCGUCGGUUACGGCGUCCAGUGGCUAUCCAUCGCCGAUGUCAUCGAUCUUCCUUACUCUCUCGUCUUGGUUUGCUGCUCCUUGGCCGGAUUAAGCAUCUGCUGGUUCAACACCGUCUGCUUCAUCCUCUGCGUUCGCCAUUUCGAAGCCAACCACUCUCUCGCUUUGUCUCUCGUCGUCAGUUUUAACGGAAUCAGUGCUGCGUUGUACACGCUUGGCCAUGAAGCUAUUAGUGGCAAAUCAUCGGCGAGCUCUGAUAUAUACCUUCUCCUUAACUCUCUCAUCCCUCUCAUCGUCUCUGUUUUAGCCCUUUGGCCGGUCCUUACCAACCCUCACGAUUCCGAUUCUGGCUGCCGAACACGUGACGAAGUCCGAGUCUUUGUCGCCUUCAAUGUCUUGGCCUUAAUCACAUGUUUUUACCUUCUCUUGCCUUCCUCAGGCGCCUACUUAGCUUCAUCACCUCGUUGGCAUUUCCUCGGUGCCAUUUUCCUUCUCCUUUUCCCUUUGUGCGUACCGCUUCUCGACUAUGUUCACCGCGCUCGCCAGUCCCUUCGCAGCUCUGGCUAUGCAGUGGUUGACAUAGAGGAUCCCAAGAUCCUUGAUAACGUGUCUUUGGAUCAUCAGAAGAACAAUGCGGAGGAGGGAUGUAAUCAAGUGAGACUGGGAGAUGAACAUUCUCUCGGAACCCUUGUUUGCAGUUUGGACUUUUGGCUGUACUACGUAGCUUAUUUCUGUGGCGGCACGAUCGGUCUUGUAUACAGCAACAACUUAGGACAGAUCGCCCAGUCUCUGAGACAAAGCAGAUCGAAUGCUAAAUCCUUGGUCACGCUCUUCUCUGCCUUCUCAUUUCUCGGAAGAUUGCUCUCCUCUGCACCUGACUUCACACGCAAGAAACUAGACUACUUGACAAGAACAGGAUGGUUCGCGAUUUCGCUACUGCCAACACCUAUAGCCUUCUUCAUCCUGGCGUAUUCGCCCAAGACAAACCAGACGGCGCUAUUAGAAGUGGCUACAGCACUAAUAGGGUUAAGUUCGGGGUUUGUGUUUGCGGCAGCAGUUUCCAUAACGUCGGACCUCUUUGGACGCAACAGUGUGGGUGUAAACCAGAACAUACUCAUCACAAACAUACCCAUCGGAUCGCUCUUCUACGGGUACAUGGCUGGGACUGUCUAUGACAAGAAUGCCAGCACGGCGGGUACACCAAAGUCUCAGGUCUCAGCAGACGACGCGGUUGUUUGCGUAGGAAGUAAAUGUUAUUUCGUAACGUUUUUGUAUUGGGGGUUUCUGUCAGUUUUGGGAUUCGUAUGUAGCUUGUUUCUUUUUAUCAGAACCAGACCGGUUUAUCAACGGUUAGAACAGAACAGAAUCUAA